AUGUUUUUCAGACUGAUGCUGUACCCAGUAGUGCUGGAUCAAACUCUUCGGUCGUUCCUCGUGAUUCUCGUGGUACAUAUCGGCUUCAGUAAAUGCCAACGUUUAUCCUUGGUGGUAGAAUCAUUCAAUCUGCGGAGUGAACAGAGCACCCAUCUCACAUGCUCACGGAUUAGAGAGAUACUCCUGAACAAAAACCUUCUGAAGGAUUGGCACUGCAUAGGAGGGACAAAAGCUGCGUCUCGUGAACCCGGCAUGUGGAUAAUGGCCACGAGCCCCUUAAUCAAAGUGGAAGAGAAGAAAGUGCCCUUUGAAAUUGCCUAUGAUGAAGUGAUCAUUUCAACAAUCUUCGAAUUAGAAGACAAAGUGAACCAGCAGCUGAGGUCCACUGCUACAAUGCCCUUGAUUCGAGAAAACUCAACCCUAAACGCUACUAUGACCUAUGUUCAAUUCUCAACUGAAGAAACGUCUCGAUGUUCUGAAGGAAUCUCCGCUGGUGUUGUAGUUUCAAUUAUAGAGGGCAUUAUGCUGGUAGCCGUUGGUGUCAGUGCAGCUCUCCAGUACUAUAGAAAAAAAUGGUAUCCUAUCCAUAGUGUGUUUGGAAGAGAGGGAGUGGAGUUGACAGCGCAAAGGAGGAACAACGAGGUUUUGCACGCUCAACAGAAAGCACUUGUACAUGCUACAAUUUCAGAUUUCGGAGUUGUUUGA